AUGAAGCUCACACCUUGGGCGAUCUGCUCUGUAGCACUCGCUGCUGGAGUGUUUGGCGCUGACAGGCCUGAACUCUUCAAGAAUCUGCCUCGUUGUACUUUCUCAUGUCUCGAAAAGUACGACAACUCGGAUUUCGAAGCCGUUGAUAUAUGCAACAACGAAGAUGUUAAGCGGGAGCUAGAUAACUGCUUCGCAAACAAGUGCCGUGAUUUCGAAAGAUUCGAUAUCGCAAAGAUCUAUGCCAAUGCGUGUGACAGCAAGCAAAAAGACAACCGGAAUAACCACUAUGUUCUGCUGUAUUCGAGCUGGAUUACGUAUGAGAGUCUUUCUCUGGAUGACUAUGUAAUGGUAGUUUGUGGAUUAUUAUACACUGUCUUUGCAACUCUGGUACACUUUGCCCACUCUGUGACAGGCGAUACAAUCUUAUGGAAUGCGGUUCCGGAAUACAUUACAGACGGAUUAAAGCUUGUUUUCAUGGCCGACAUCUUUGAGCUUGCCUGCUCGUGCCUACUUAGAGUCGCGAUCCUUCUCGUAUGUCUACGCUCAUCAUUUUCUGGCAGAGGCAUAGCGGCCACAGCCGCGACCCUUGUACUCGCCAUCCUCUCUUCGAUUGCUUUGGCCCUAUUGAGAGUAUUUCGAUGUUCACCAAUUGCUUUCGCCUGGGAAGGUUGGGAACCAAAUGGAAGAGAUGAGGACACAGGAGGCUGCUUGGCUCAGGACUCACUUGCAUACACGGCUUCUUCGAUCGACAUGUUCCUAAACCUGGUGCUCCUUGCUAUGCUUUCUCACCUGAUCUUCAGCCGAGUUGCAAUGCUUCACAGACUCAGUGCCUCCGAGGGAUGUCGAGGAGGUCAGCCGCCUGCCACAGAUAACAGAAGAGACCAUUAUGCCGGAGACACCGUCAACCGAUACGAAGAUGCCGAGGCCGAGUUUAUGUCAGAGGGGGGUGUUAGGGAUCUUGUCAAGGGGACGGCCGAAGAAACUGGUGGAGUCGAACUUACAUCUGGGAGACAAAACCUAUGGAAACGUCAGAACAGAAAUUCAAGGAGGUCAGAGAUUUUCUAUGAUCUCCCAAUUGACGGGCAUGAUUGGUAUCCAGGUCCGGACGCGGACGAUUAG